GCCGCGGUGUCCGCCGGUCAGACCGGGACUCGCUCGCGCAAGAUGGCGGCUACAGUGCCCGGGGGUACCGGGACCCAACUCCCGCCGCACCGCUCGGCCCCGGCUAGGAUUGGAUACUACGAGAUAGAAAGGACAAUCGGCAAGGGCAACUUCGCGGUGGUGAAACUGGCCACGCACAUCGUGACACGGGCAAAGGUCGCGAUCAAGAUAAUUGAUAAGACCAAGCUGGAUGAUGAAAACCUAAAGAAAAUCUUCCGUGAGGUCCAGAUCAUGAAGAUGCUUUGCCACCCCCAUAUUAUCCGGCUCUAUCAGGUGAUGGAAACUGAACGGAUGAUCUACCUUGUGACAGAAUACGCCAGCGGAGGGGAGAUAUUUGAUCAUCUCGUGGCUCAUGGGCGUAUGGCAGAGAAAGAAGCUCGCAAGAAGUUCAAGCAGAUUAUCGCCGCUGUCCACUUUUGCCAUUGUCGGAAUAUUGUCCACCGAGAUCUGAAGGCUGAGAAUUUGCUGCUUGAUGCCAACCUGAAUAUAAAGAUUGCAGAUUUCGGUUUCAGUAACCGGUUUACUCCAGGGCAGUUAUUGAAGACUUGGUGCGGCAGCCCUCCAUACGCGGCACCAGAACUUUUUGAAGGAAAGGAGUAUGAGGGACCCAAGGUUGAUAUAUGGAGUUUGGGCGUGGUCCUCUAUGUGUUGGUGUGCGGUGCGCUCCCAUUUGAUGGAAGCACGCUACAAAACCUGCGGGCCAGGGUCUUGAGCGGGAAGUUCCGGAUCCCCUUUUUCAUGUCCACAGAAUGUGAACAUCUUAUAAGACACAUGCUGAUUUUGGAGCCCAGUAAACGCCUGUCAAUGGAGCAGAUCUGUAAACACAAAUGGAUGUGUCAGGGAGAACAGGAUCUCGAGUUUGAAAGGUUAAUAGCAGAAUGCCAGCAUGUAAAACUGGAGAGGCAGAGGGAGCCCAUUAAUGAGCAAGUCCUGCACACCAUGGUGGAGAUGGGACUGGACAAAGACCGCACUCUGCAGUCUCUCAGAACAGACGCCUAUGACAACUACAGCGCCAUCUACAGUUUGCUGUGCGAACGGCUGAAGAGGCACAAAACUCUGCGCCUCCCAACUCCCCUCAGUGCCCCUCGUCCUCUGUCCUACACUGCUUCACCAAUACAGGCUGAUGCAGGUGGCAGUGCCGUCAGCAUGAAUGUGCCCCAGGUUCAACUCAUCAAUCCUGAAAAUCAAAUUGUUGAGACUAAUGGCACCAUGAACUUGGACAGCGAUGAAGGUGAAGAACCUUCACCAGAAGCUUUGGCUCGAUAUCUGUCAAUGAGGAGACACACAGUGGGAGUGCCGGACACACAUAAUGAAGGAGGGGCCGAGGAGCUGCAGAAGAUCAUUCCUGGAUUCCCAAGGGUCACGCCACAGACUCCAUUCCUUCCAGUGGCGCAUAACACGAACACCCUUCACCCGUUACUACCAAUGCAGAACAUGCCACCUAGUGGCCACCUUGAGUAUAAGGAACAGUCCCUCUUACAGCCUCCCACACUUCAGCUCUUGAAUGGCAUGGGACCUCUUGGACGCAGGGCAUCUGACGGAGGGGCUAAUAUUCAGUUACAUGCACAACAGUUCCUAAAGAGGCCACGAGGUCCUUCACCAUUGGUGACAAUGACAACUGCUGUGCCCGCAGUUACUCCAGUAGAUGAGGAGAGUUCAGAUGGGGAACCUGACCAAGAGGCCGUGCAGAGGUAUCUUGCCAACCGCUCCAAGAGACACACAUUGGCAAUGACUUGUCCUACAGCAGAAAUCCCCCCAGAAUUACAGCGCCAGCUGGGGCAGCAGGCUUUCCGGAACAGACUGUGGCCUCCGCACCUGAUACCUGACCAGCAUCGCUCCAUGUACAAAGAUUCCAACACUCUUCACCUCCCCGCCGAGCGCUUCUCCCCAGUGCGCAGGUUCUCUGAUGGAGCCGCCACCAUCCAAGCGUUCAAAGCUCACUUGGAGAAAACGGCACACCAGAACAGCAGCAUCAAACAGCUACAGCAGGAGUGUGAGCAGCUGCAGAAGAUGUACGGCAUUCAUAUGGAUGGAAGGACCCUGGAACACACCCAGCAGCAGCACUUCAUGUACCAGCAGGAGCAUCAGCAGCACCUCCUGCAGCAUCAGAUCCAGGAUUGCAUUUGCCCUGCACAGCCAUCUCCUCCUCUCCAGUCAUCGACCAUGGUGCCAGCCUGUGAGAAUCAGCCUGCCCUCCUCACACACCAGCUCCAGAGAUUGCGAAUCCAGCCUUCCAGCCCCCCUCCAAAUCCAGCCAGCAACCACCUCUUCAGACAGCCAAACAACAGCCCCCCACCAUCUUCCAGUGCCAUGCUCCAGACACAUGGGGCCCAACCUUCCACUCAGUAUCAGGGGGUGCCCACUCACACUGCUCUUUACCAGCCUGCUAGCAGCGGCUCCCCUCCACCUAGCAUUACACUGCCGCGCAUGGGCAUACAGCAGCAGCAGCAGAACCAGCAGCAGUCAGCACAGCAAGUCACCAUCCAGGUGCAAGAGCCAUCUGAUAUGUCAGGAGCUGCGCGGGGUAUUCCUAUUAAUCCUUGUGCCAAUCACAUACAGAUGCAGCAACGGGCGUCGCUUAUGGCUUCGUUGGGCAAUUAUACCCAUCGACCUCUUUCCAAGCAGCUGAGUGCCGACAGUGCUGAAGUGCACAGCUUGAAUAUGGGCCGCUUUUCACCCUCCACAAAUUACGACCAGACCCACCUGCACCCUCAUGUGUUUCCUGACCAGCCAAGGCCUCCCCCAUCAGGAUAUGCAAGCCAAGGAAGCGCAGGAUACAGCCCCUCGGGCGCCUCUGGUUUUUCUCAAGCCUUGAAAGUUCCCCAGCUCGAGCAGUAUCCUGCCUUCAGCGCGACGCCCCAACAGAAUUACCCCACAUCUGCGCUGCAGCAAGCUUUGCUCUCGCCCACCCCCGGCACGUAUACCAGGCAUCACCAGCAACUGCCGCACAUGCUACAGGGUCUGCUCUCCCCACGGCACUCUCUGACUGGGCACGCGGAUACACGCUUGCCCCCGACGGAUUUCAUGCAGCUUAUUAAACAGCACCAGCAACAGCAGCAGGAGCUGAACGAACUGUUCAACCAGCACCUGACUCAAGUCGAUGCAGGCAACAUACCCUACCAGAGCCCCUCUGAGCCCUACCACCAUCUCCUUCAGAUUCGAGCACAGGCAACACACGCUCCACCACCCCCCAGAUAUCACCUGUCUAUGUUACAUUCGGAGAGCAUGGAGGAAGAUUGCACUGGGGAGGGACACCGGAUGAGCGAGGGAGAGACUCUCAGAGGUUUGAGCAAACCCCUGCAGGAGAGUGGACAUGAUGACACAGAGUCUCUUCUGGGGACCCUGAGAGAGCAGGAGUUGAGUACGCAGCAGUAUCCGCCACAGACCUCGUACAGCCGGACCAAGCUGGCCAGCAGAGAACCAGGACCUUCGGUGAACUGCAUGGACAGAGUUUCCCCUCCCGUCAUGGAAGUUCCAGACCAUAACGGUGUCCCGUACCCUCCGAGGUCCUCCCCCAGCGAGCACGCCCGUACCAGGAUGCUGCAGCGGCACCACACCAUCCAAACCAGUGAUGAUGCCUACGUGCAGCUGGACGCUUUGACCGGUAUGAGCCUCAUGGCAGGUAAAGCUCUGAGCUCUGCUCGCAUGUCUGAUGCGGUUCAGAGCCGCUCGUCGCUCAUGGGAAGCCAGCAGCUUCAGGACGGAGGGGGCGAAGAUUGUGAGCGAUCACCUGAAGAGGCAGAACUAUCGGUGAUCAGCGACAGCGGGCAGCAUCUUUCCACCUCUUGCUACCCUACCACCAUGCUGCUGGGGUACAAACACGCUGAUCUGAAUUUCAGCAUGGAGCAGGCAGGAGUGUGAAUGGAGGUUUCCAUCGAGAAUCAAGAGGGUCCCAUCUUUUGACACCAACAGUAUCUGCAGCUUUAGCGCCAAAUUUCAUCUGUAUUCCUUCCCCGAACUGACUCGCCAUGCCCCACCACAUCACAGACUAAUUCUUCAAGUGCCCCUCAUUUUAAGUUUCUCUUUUUUUGUAUUUUUCAGUCCCUUCUCCAUUGAGGAGUUUGGGUCGUCACAAAAGAAGGGCCGGGAUAAUUUCUCAAAGAGGAUAGGUCUGUGAUUUUUUUUAUUUUUAUUUUUUUACCACCCUUGCAGGCAGUGGCAAGGAGUGGAGGAAUAAAGGCGCUGUGGGGAAAGGGUAACAUUUGGCGGGGCGGGAAAUACUUGGUGACUGAAAUACCGAAACACCAGCAAAGAAAUCCAACCUAGACGUAUGCCACCUUCUGUGUCGAGAGAGACUGCAGCCUCACAGUGGUAGGGGCUUGUACCCGAGCAUGGACACAGGAGACACCGGCACCUAUGGGUGACCAGUGCGUGCAAGGCUGAUAUCCUGGGGUGGCCUGGCAGGAGCAGCUAGUACCUAGGGUGGAGUGCUGUUUAGGAGAGUUUGGCACCUGGCCGAGAGCCCAGAGUUCCUCAAUGCUCGCCAGUUGUCUUGGCUUUACAGGGUGAAGCGUAGUCUAUUGGACUCUGGUCAUGAAUUCUGACCUCUGAAAAGCUGUAGUUUUCAUAAAUUGCACUGUUUUAUUUUACUCUGUGUAGCCGAGGACACGUAGUCUCGGUUUUCCUUAAGGUUUUCCAAGCCAAAGAAAGAAAUAGACACUUUUUUAUCCCACUUGCUAGACGAGUAUCAGGCGGGAGGCGGGGGGUUAUUUUAAUAGGUCGUUUUUUAAUCCUUAUUCCCUUCCUUCAUUUUUUUGACCAGUUUUCGGGUUGGGUUGCCCAGUUUAAACGUGAGAAGAUAUACUCUACAGACUAGAGCAAGCGAAGACUAUAUAUAUAUAUUUCUAUCUGGUACCCAGGGGAUUAUAUGGAGUAUAGUACUGUACUGACCCAUAGAGGGGGCACGGUCACAACAUGGAAUGACUGCCUCCAUGGUGCUAUAUAAGUGCCUGGGGGAACCGGCAUAUCAUUUACAAGUGGGAAGCAGAGAGUACAAACUAGACUCUUUCAUACAGGGGACUCUCGAG